AUGAGCAUUUUCACCUUUAAUCCUAGCCCAUCCCCAAACAUCGCAUUUGGACCUAUCGCCUUCCGCGUCCCCCACGCUUCUCCCCACCGUCUCUCACACACCUCCCCACGCACACGCCCACGCUUCCCCUCACCGUCGCCCACGCUUUCCCCCAUCGUCGCUCACGCUUCCCCUUACCGCCGCUCACGCUUCCUCCUGCCUUCCCCCACGCUUCCCCACACCGUCGCUCACGCCUUCCCCCACCUUCCCUCACGAUUCCCCUCUCAUCGCCCACGGUUCCUCCUACCGUCGCCCACGCUUCCUCCCACCGUCACCCACGCUUCCCCCCACCGUCACCCACGCUUCCCCCCACCGUCGCCCAAGCUUCCCCCCACCGUCGCCCAAGCUUCCCCCCACCGUCGCCCACGCUUCCCCCCACCGUCGCCCACGCUUCCUCCCACCGUCGCCCACGCUUCCCCCCACCGUCGCCCACGCUUCCCCCCACCGUCGCCCACGCUUCCCCCCACCGUCGCCCACCGCCACCGUCGCCCACCGCCACCGUCGCCCACCGCCACCGUCGCCCACCCCCACUGUCGCCCACGCUUGCCCUCCCAUCGCCCUCGCCUCUCACCCACCCUGGGCGGGGAGGUAUGGCGAGCUGGGCUGGGAGCUGGGGAAGGGGUCGUGACUCGUUCGCUGUGGGGUGUGGAAGGGUGCGUGGUCAGCAGCACCCACCCUUCUCUCUCUUGCACUGACCUCCUCUCCUCUCUUGCACCAACCCCACACGCAUGGCAGGUGGUGUCGUCCUCCUCUCCCUCUCCCUUCCUCCCUUCCUCCAUCAUCUCUGCCUCACUACCCUCUUUACCCUCUCUGUUGCCCGUCCUCCCUUCCUCCCUUCCUCCAUCUCUCUGCCUCCCUACCCUCUUUACCCUCUCUGUUGCCCGUCCUCCCUUCCUCCCAUCCUUCUUUCCUGCCAUUCUUCCUCUCCUCAUCCUCCCUCGAUCCAGUCCCCCUUCCCCUUUCCAUCUCCCACUCUCCCACUCCCUUCCUCACGCCAACCCUGCUCCUCCGUUCCACCCUUCUACCUUCCCCCUUGUACCCAGCCGCACUUUUUCCUCUCAUCCGCCCAUCAUCUCAUCCGCCCAUCACCUCAUCCGCCCAUCAUCUCAUCCGCCCAUCAUCUCAUUUGCCCAUCCUCUCAUCCGCCCAUCCUCUCAUCCGCCCAUCAUCUCAAUCGCCCAUCCUCUCAUCCGCCCAUCCUCUCAUCCGCCCAUCAUCUCAUCCGCCCAUCAUCUCAUCCGCCCAUCAUCUCAUCCGCCCAUCAUCCAUCCGCCCAUCAUCUCAUCCGCCCAUCACCUCAUCCGCCCAUCACCUCAUCCGCCCAUCAUCUCAUCCGCCCAUCAUCUCAUCCGCCCAUCAUCUCAUCCGCCCAUCAUCUCAUCCGCCCAUCAUCUCAUCCGCCCAUCAUCUCAUCCGCCCAUCCUCUCACCGUUGCCCACGCUUCUGCCUUAG